GUUUUGUUCUGACAGUCGAGGACUAGAAAUUUCCAUUCUCGACAUCUGCGCUUGGAGUUCGGCUUUUUUGUCUCUGAGGUGCCAGCUCAGGGUCCGUCCGCAUCAAAAACCCCACCGAUCCCGAUGGCCCCUGGCUUGCACUCACGGCACCGGACAUGCCGGAGCGUUUCCGUCGGCACAAUGCCGACAAGUUUCGACGGGAGCGUCCGAUAUAUACGGUCCACGAGGACUAUACAAUCACGGUGUCGCAGCCGUCGAUUGUUAUCGGCCAAUACACUACAACAUGGCAGGAAAUGCAGGCCUGCGAUGACCGCAUUGAGAAGCUCGCAGACGGUACCAUUCGGUACACCGGCCCGUUGCGGCCUCCUCAACGGGCCCAAAGACAAGCCCAGGCCGGCGAAGCAGAGGUUGGAGUUGGGCAGGGGCAGCAGGCUUGCCACCCUCAGGAACAGCAGCCGCGCGCCCCCCAGGAGCAGCAGGUUUGCCACCCUCAGGAACAGCAGCCGCCCCCUCCCCAGGAGCAGCAGGCUCGGCACCCCCAGGAGAAGCAACCCUUAGAGGGUACAGCGCAGCCUGCUAUUACCAUCAAUAACGCUACGGGGGGCCAAAUCAUCAUCCAAGGCACGAGCCAGCGCGAUGCUUUACAAGAUACCCUUUUCGUAUUCCGGCUCCGCAACCUCCUCAACGGACUAUACUGCCUAAAACAUAUACGUGAAUGAUGCUUCGACGGGACGGACAACGGUACGAAACUAAGGUGCGUCACUAGUAGAUAGGAGUGGGAUUACAAGUAUAGCCCCUGUGGAGUAUCCUGGAGUGGUCCUUAUAGUGUUCGUUUAUUCGUACAUUAAGCACUU